UAGGAUUUUUGCGGUUCUUGUUGUGAUUUGGCGGCACAAAAUGAAUUUCAACAUUUUUUCUCGUCUCCAUCAAGGGCUUUCACAUAGUCCAUUACUAGUUACUAUCCGAAAUGCAUCGAAGAAAACUGGUGGUAGUUCUAGAAAUUCUCCCAAACAUCCCCGUCCUAAACAUCGUGGUUGGAAGGUGCAAGAUGGACAUCAUGUGUCAGCUGGAACUAUUCUUGCAACUCAACGAACGACCCGGUUCCAUCCUGGAUUGAAUGUUGGUUUCGGCAAGAAUGGCACACUUUUCGCUAUGGAGCAUGGAAAAGUGUAUGUUACCUGUGAAAAGAUUGAUCCAAACUGGGAACACACUUGGGUGCAACGUUGCUACGCUGGCCGCGAAGGACAAACUAUUUAUAAAAAGUUUUUUAACGUUGUACCAGAGCCUCAGCAUCAACGGUUCAAAUUAAUAGAUGAGAUGUAAAUUAAACCGAUAGACAUUUAGCAAUUAUUAUUGAGUGCAAGUUUUAGUUCUAUAUUGCUAACAAUCGGAUAGCAUAUAAAUUGGAAUGAACGUAAUUUCUUUUUGCUUC